UUAAUGACUGUGUGACGUGUCACGUGAUUAUUCUGCAAAAAAGGAGGGGGGCAAACAUGGCCGACGAGUUGGGAGAAGUAAACACAAAUGCAGAAGAUGGCGAUAUGCAACAAGAGCAAGAGGUCGCCAAACUUUCAAACACGGAGAUUGACGACAAUGCCUGCGACAACAACGCUCUCGGCCCGACUGAGAGGUCGCCGUCGGAGAGCAGCUGGUCGGCUCCUCUUUUGUCGCUGGCUCGCAAGGCCACCGAGACACUUAGUAGCGGGGUGAGCUACGCUUCUGUCCGGAGGAACUCUACUGAGAACACCGUGGCACAAAAAGAGCCCGAAACUGAUUCAACCUACACUGGAAAGAAGCUUCCAGUGCUUGCUCCCAAAGACCCGAUGGCAAUAGAAAGAGCCAAUCUUCUCAGCAUGUUGAAGCUCAGCAUCAAGGUUUUAAUCCAAUCCUCACUAAGUUUGGGCAGGACGCUGGACUCCGAGUACCCGCCCUUGCAGCAGUUUUUCUUAGUCUUGGAGCACUGCCUCAAACAUGGGCUAAAAGCCAAGAAGUCCUUCAUCAGUCAGAACAAAUCCAUUUGGGGACCCCUGGAACUGACAGAGCGGUUGUGUCCAGAAUCUGCCAACAUAGCCACAAGUGCCAGAGACAUGCCCGGCAUCAAGACUGGUUUGGGGAAAGGAAGGGCGUGGCUGCAUUUAGCGCUCAUGCAAAAGACAAUGGCUGACUAUAUAAAAGCUUUGUUGGACUGCAAAGAUCUCCUCAGUGAGUUUUAUGACCCUGGGGCCCUGAUGAUGGAGGAGGAAGGAGCGGUGAUGGGGGGGCUGCUUGUGGGCCUCAAUGUACUCGAUGCAAACCUUUGUAUUAAAGGAGAAGAUCUGGAUUCUCAAGUGGGAGUCAUUGACUUCUCCCUCUACCUGAAAGACUCUACAAGCACUGAGACCCCGAAAGAUAACGCCAAAAUGACCGCCAUCUUGGAUCAGAAGCAUUACAUUGAAGAAUUGAAUCGUCACCUCAGUGGCACCGUUACAGAUCUUCAGGCCAAAAUGGACUCCCUGGAGAAAACCAACAGCAAACUUGUAGAAGAGCUGGCGGCUGCGACAGACAGAAUCAACGCUCUGCGUGAAGAACAGGAACAGCUGAGACAAGACAACGAGCUGAUCUUGCUGGCCAGUCAGAAAAAGGAAGAGGCAGUACUUCAGGAUAGCCAGGUGGAGCUGGAGACGUACAGACAAACCCGGCAAGGCCUGGAUGAAAUGUAUAAUGUUGUGUGGAAGCAGUACAAGGAAGAAAAGCGCAUUCACCAGGAGUUGGAGCGAGAGCUGGAGCUGCAGUUGGGGCUGAAGCAGGAGAUGGAGAUGGCCAUGAAGCUGCUGGAGAAAGACUCGCACGAGAAACAAGACUCACUGGCUGCCUUGCGACUCCAGCUGGACCAAGUCAAAACUCUGAACCUUCAAAUGUUCAACAAAGCACAAGAUUUUGAACGAGAGGCGGCCAAAAAACAGGCAGAGGCUGAACAGCUGGAGCAUAAGAUGGACGACAUGGCAAAAGCCAUGACAGAGCUAGAGCUGAGGCUUCAGAAUUCCGAAAGGGAUCGAGAGAAGAGCGACCAAUCAGAUAAAGACUUGAGGGUUGAGCUGGAGGCAAAAGUGAGCGCUCUUGAAAAACAACUGAGUGACCUGGACGCGCUCAGGGUGGGCUUGGAGAAGGACCUUGUGGUUGAACGGGAACAGCGACAAGGCCUUCAGAAAAGCCUCCAGAGGGAGCAGGACAACAGUGCUGAGCUUCGCACGCAACUGCAACAACUCCAAGGCCUGCACGCUGAGCUGCAGGAUCUGAAAGAGGAGAAACGGCAGCUGCAGCAGAUGUGUGAGCAACAAGAGCAGGCUUUGCAAGAGAUGGGGCUGCAUCUCAGCCAGUCUAAACUCAAGAUGGAGGAUUUUAAGGAAGUUAACAAAGCCCUGAAGGGCCAUGCCUGGUUAAAAGAUGACGAGGCCACGCAAUGCAAGCAAUGCCAAAAAGAGUUCUCCAUCUCACGAAGAAAGCACCACUGCAGGAAUUGCGGCGAUAUUUACUGCAGCACUUGUUCCAGUAACGAGCUGGCCUUACCUUCGUAUCCUCGUCCCGUGCGGGUUUGUGACAUGUGUCACUCCUUGUUGCUGCAGAGGAAUUCAUCCAAAUCUUCUUGACACAACACUGCUCCGCCACCAUUUGGCUCUCACACCGCACAGACACGGGUUUCACCACGUUUGUUCAUGAAUGUCCAAUUUGGGGUAGAUCUGAACUUGCACCUGAAAUUCAGGAACAUCCAUGUAUGCAUGGUAUGCAUUACUGUAAUUAUACUUUUCUGGGGGGCGGGGGUUAACUGUCAAGUUGGCCAGGACUGAAUGAACUCUUAUUGUCAGCUUUUCUAAUAUGUAGGUAUGCUGAGGUUCCACAAAGUUUUUUUUUUUUUUUUUUCUUCCAGAAUUCUUUUUAUUUUUCACAUUGCAAUGCACUGCAGUAGCUAAGUUUACGUCGGUCCUCUUGCAUCUUUGCAAAUAGUGUAUAGAAAGAUGAAAAUGAAAUAUAUUUUAGAAUGUAUUAACUUUGUGGUGGAUUGUGUACACGAGCUGUUUUCUAUAAUCUGGAGAACGACACAUUUUUAACUUGAUAAAGAAUGAAUAAAAUUUGCAAUGUUUUCAUGACA